AUGUCAGCGGCUGUCCUCCGGCGACGUCUGCUGCGUCCGUUCCAAAAUGGCGAUCUGUGUGGCAACUGUGCUUCCCACCAGGUCAGGGCGAGCCUCCGCCGCCAAGACAAUCGCCGCAGGACGAUUCAAGCGGUGACACUAUCGACAUCAGGCCAGCGUCGCGAUAUCGAGCACGCUAAAUGGCGGAAGCAAAUCGUGUCGACUUUGAACGAUAAAGAGGGUGAAAUUCGGGUCACCCAGCACUCCGAGCCCUCUCGUAAGGAUGGCGUCCUGCGCGCUGAGCUCUACUCCGACAAGCCCAUCUAUAGCCCCAUCAACAUUGAUCCGCUGCCCAAGCCCGACAAGUCAGUCCCGAAGGAGAGCACGACAUUAGUCUCCACGCGGCCCCCUCCAUUCUUCUCCGCCAAGCGCGGUGCCUCUGAGGGCAGAUUUACCUACCUCGUGCGAGUCGGGAAGACCUACUAUGCAUUCUACAAGGCGGGACUGAAGCAGCUAUGGUCGAAUCGCAAGGAGCUAAAAGAGCUUCAAGCAUGGAUGUUCCCGUUCACUAUCGAGGGUGUCGCCAGGUACGGUGGCACCAUGUACAAAAAUAAGCAGGGAAACAAUAUUCCCAUCCCACACAUUUACCAUCGCGAGUUCCAGCUAUACCACCGCACCAAGGCAGAUCUUCGAAAGAUGAUACCUUUCAGCCUGCUUCUGCUGAUCUGUGGAGAGUUCACGCCCAUAGCGCUGCUCGUACUGGGUCGAAAGGUCGUUCCAAAAGUGUGCUAUCUCCCGUUUCAGCAGCGUGAGGAAAUGGACGAUAUUCUUGGCCGCUUCAGGACCUGGAAGAGGGAGAUGGGCCAAUUGACUGCUAGGUCUCGCCCAGAGAAGCCCCGAAAUGUGUUCGACUUUGCUCCGAAGACAGGUCUUCUGGAGCACCCAUACCGCAGAGAUCUUCUAUUCGCUCACCUCUCCGGUCAGACCAACUUUUAUCGUCUGCCCUUUCCGAUCAUGCGAGGGUUGUACUGGCACCUUGUGCUGAGACCGCGCCUGAACAGGUUUUGGGAAAACGUCUUCUGCGAGACGAUACUCGUCGAGCGACAAGGUGGGUUCAAGAGCAUGUCUCCGCAAGACAUCUACGAGUACGCCCGAAACUAUGGAUCAUUGACUCUGAUGGUCAUCAUGGAGAAGGAAGUCGGUGUGAAGAAGAAUUACCACUUCGUUGACGACAAACUCAAGGCCUUGCUCGUGCCUGUACUUGAAAAGGAAGCACAGAUAAUGUUAGACGACGAUUUCACGAAGCUACCACCGGCACUACACUGGGCCAGGGCGUACAGAGACUCAGCGAGAUGGGCAGGUAGUCCAGAUGUCAUGGAGGCUGCUCGGCUUAAGAAGAUCUACGAGAAGGAAGGCGUUGCGACAGCUUCCCCGAAUCCAACGAAGAGCCUCCCGAACACGAUACCAGCGAAGCCAGCUUCGCAUUCAACGAAGUCAACCUCAAAACCGACAAAGCCCACCUCAAAAUUGGCCAUCAAACAAUGA